AGAUGAAAUAUUUCCCCCAAGAUCAAUUUUUUCUCUCCAUAAAAUAUAUGUAAAAUAAUUCAAAAUAUAAUUGCCAUUGUUUUUUAACUUAUUAUGUUUUUAUUCCCUUCUAGUUGAUUUUCCCAUGUCUAUAAAUACCAACCUGAAUCUUCUGCAUAGGACUCACAAGUCACAAAGCAUUUAGCAAAGCCGAAAAGCAGCUCAGAGUGGAGACCCUCUGAAACCUUGUAAUCAAGCUUGAGACUUGAGGAGAAUGGAUACCUUCCUGUUCACUUCUGAGUCGGUGAACGAGGGUCAUCCCGACAAGCUGUGUGAUCAGAUAUCUGAUGCAGUGCUCGAUGCCUGCCUGGAGCAAGACCCUGAAAGCAAGGUUGCCUGUGAGACAUGCACCAAGACCAACUUGGUCAUGGUAUUUGGAGAGAUCACCACAAAAGCCAAUAUAGACUAUGAGAAGAUUGUGCGCGAUACGUGCCGUUCUAUAGGAUUUGUGUCUGGUGAUGUUGGCCUUGAUGCUGACAAGUGCAAGGUAUUGGUGUACCUUGAGCAGCAAAGUCCUGACAUAGCACAAGGAGUCCAUGGCCACCUCACCAAGCGACCAGAAGACAUAGGAGCUGGCGAUCAGGGUCACAUGUUUGGCUACGCCACAGAUGAAACACCUGAGCUUAUGCCUCUCAGCCAUGUCCUUGCAACCAAGCUUGGCAUGCAGCUCACUGAAGUGCGCAAGAAUGAGAUCUGUCCUUGGUUAAGACCUGAUGGAAAAACUCAAGUCACUGUUGAGUAUGCUAAUGAUCAUGGUGCAAUGGUCCCGGUGCGCGUCCAUACUGUUCUCAUAUCCACUCAACAUGAUGAAACCGUUACCAAUGAUGAGAUAGCAGCAGACCUGAAAGAGCAUGUUAUCAAGCCUGUUAUUCCUGAGAAGUACUUGGAUGAGGAGACAAUUUUCCAUCUCAACCCAUCUGGGCGUUUUGUGAUUGGUGGUCCUCAUGGCGAUGCUGGUCUCACGGGUCGCAAAAUCAUUGUCGACACAUAUGGUGGUUGGGGAGCUCAUGGUGGUGGGGCCUUCUCAGGGAAGGACCCUACCAAGGUGGACAGGAGUGGAGCCUACAUUGCUAGACAGGCUGCCAAGAGCAUUGUGGCCAAUGGACUUGCCAGAAGGUGCAUUGUGCAGAUAUCAUAUGCAAUUGGUGUUCCUGAGCCAUUAUCAGUGUUUGUUGACACUUUUGGCACUGGAAAGAUUCCUGACAAGGACAUUCUCAAGCUUGUCAAGGAAAAAUUUGAUUUCAGGCCAGGGAUAAUUUCCAUUAACUUGGACCUUAAGAGGGGUGCAAGUGGCAGGUUCUUGAAGACUGCUGCUUAUGGCCACUUUGGAAGAGAUGACCCAGACUUCACAUGGGAGGUGGUCAAGCCUCUAAAGUGGGAAUAAUGCCAUGAAUAAAGCUGAUUGCCAAGAAACUAUGUUUGAUCUUAUAUGCUUUCAUACCUAAGAUCCGUGAUAUGAUUUUGCCUUAGCUUUUGUAUCUUUAUAAAUAAAUAAAACAUAUAUAUGUCGAGUUGAGUAUAUGAACAUACAAAGGAAGCUGCAUAGCAGCAUCAAUGUACUAUUGGAAGUUAAUGUUUGAGAUAUAUCCGUUACGAUCGCUA